GGCCCCGCGUCUGUCCCUCGGUCUGUCGAGGGCUGGACGCCCGGCGCGCACGCGCACACGCCAGACGUCCGCCGCGCCCCGCCUCCGCGCGACCUUGGGUACCGCGACCCCCCGCAAAGGGGCAGCGCUGCUGAGGGAAGUAUGCGGGACUACGACGAAGUAACUGCCUUCCUGGGCGAGUGGGGGCCCUUCCAGCGCCUCAUCUUCUUCCUGCUCAGCGCCAGCAUCAUCCCCAACGGUUUCAACGGCCUUUCGGCCGUGUUCCUGAUAGGAACCCCCGAGCACUACUGCCGGGUGCCGGACUCUGCGAACCUGAGCAGCGCGUGGCGCAACCACAGUAUCCCGCUGCGGCUGCAGGACGGCCAGGAGGUGCCCCACAACUGUCGCCGCUACAGGCUCGCCACGCUCGCCAACUUCUCGGCGCUCGGGCUGGUGCCGGGACGUGACGUUAACCUGACGCAGCUGGAGCAGGAGAGAUGCCUGGACGGCUGGGAUUUCAGCCAGGAUGUCUAUCUGUCCACCAUUGUGACCGAGUGGAACCUGGUGUGUGAGGACGACUGGAAGGCCCCGCUCACGAUCUCCUUGUUUUUCGUGGGUGUGCUGGUGGGCUCCUUCAUUUCGGGGCAGCUCUCAGACAGGUUCGGUCGGAAGAAUGUGCUGUUCGCAACCAUGGGCGUGCAGACAGGUUUCAGCUUCCUGCAGGUCUUCUCGACAAACUUUGAGAUGUUUACUGUGCUGUUUUUCAUCGUAGGCAUGGGCCAGAUCUCCAACUACGUGGCAGCUUUUGUCCUGGGAACAGAAAUUCUUGGCAAGUCAGCUCGUAUUAUAUUCUCCACGUUAGGAGUAUGCAUAUUUUAUUCAUUUGGCUACAUGCUGCUGCCACUGUUUGCUUACUUCAUCAGAGACUGGAGGAUGCUGCUGCUGGCGCUGACGGUGCCGGGGGUGCUGUGCGCGGUGCUCUGGUGGUUCAUCCCUGAGUCCCCCCGAUGGCUCAUUUCUCAGGGACGAUUUAAAGAGGCAGAGGCUAUCAUCCGGAAAGCUGCCAGAUUCAAUGGGAUUGCUGUACCCUCAACCAUCUUUGAUCCUACUGAGACGCAAGACCUAAGUUCCCAGAAGCAACAGUCACACAGCAUUCUGGAUCUACUCCGAACCCAGAAUAUCCGAAUGGUGACCGUCAUGUCCAUAAUUCUGUGGAUGACCAUAUCAGUGGGCUAUUUUGGGCUUUCCCUUGAUACUCCUAACUUGCAUGGAGACAUCUACGUGAACUGCUUCCUUUCAGGGGUGGUUGAAGUCCCAGCGUACACUGUGGCCUGGGUGCUGCUGCAGUAUCUGCCCCGGCGGUACUCCAUGGCCACCGCUCUCUUCCUAGGCGGCAGUGUUCUUCUCUUUCUGCAGCUGGUGCCCCCAGACUUGUACUAUUUGACUACAGUCCUGGUGAUGGUGGGCAAGUUUGGAAUCACUGCUGCCUUCUCCAUGAUCUAUGUGUACACUGCCGAGCUGUACCCCACGGUGGUCAGAAACAUGGGCGUGGGAGUCAGCUCCACAGCGUCCCGCCUUGGCAGCAUCCUGUCUCCCUAUUUUGUUUACCUGGGUGCCUAUGACCGCUUCCUGCCCUACAUUCUCAUGGGAAGUCUGACCAUCCUGACAGCCAUCCUCACCUUGUUCCUCCCAGAGAGCUUCAACAUCCCCCUCCCAGACACCAUUGAUCAGAUGCUGAGGGUCAAAGGAAUAAAAUACAGGCAAAGUCCAACCCACACAAGGGUGUUAAAGGAUGAAGAAGAAAGCCCCACCAUCCUUAAAAGCACAGCCUUCUAACACAACCUCCAGUAAGUGAGAACUUGAAGAGGAAAUAUGCUUCUGUGAGAAACGGCUUGUGCAGACACUGAGUCCUACAGUGACGAAGGUCUGUUUUUUUGGUUAGCCCUGUUUCUGACUUGCUCAUGUUUGGGCACCCAGACUCAGAGGCUGUGUGUGGUCCGAGAGUACUGUCUUGCUCCAGGGACACCGUGGCUGUGGGCAGACAACUUUAGCUAAGUCCCACCUAUUACGAUGAUGGACUUGGCACUUCCUAAGAUGUUGACUAUUCACUAGAGACAAUGACAUUUGAAAGGAAAUGAGAGGCAUCUGUUAAAUUUGCAUUGUAAUUUCAGACUGCCUGAAAAGGCCCCUGAUAAAACUGGAGGUUCAAGUUGCCCUACCUUUUCCCUUCCCCUCUAAUGAUUCACUUUAAAGGACAAGAAAUAAUUUCAUAGGGAGUUUGAUUUCUCAUGUUUUCUUGGUUCCAAAGACAUUAACUGUGAGUGUUGCCUCCUCAGGGUAAGAGAACACAGGCUCUGGAGAAACCUAGAGGUGAUUAAGAUGGAGUGGACUGAGCAGAUACAUGCUGUGUGGGCAAGUCCCUUGGUUUGCAAGGUCUUGGACCACUCAGUAUGACUACUGGACAGACUUGUUUACUUCCGAUUGAAGCACUAGGCUUGUCCAGGCCCAUGAGAAAUGCAUCAUUGAAUCUGCUAUUCUUGUUUCCCACUACUGUGUAAAUCAUACCCCCUAGCUACUUUGACUUCUUAUGUCUGGUUUGAAGGAAGUAUAUCACUGCGAGAAAAAGACAAGCAAACUUUUCUCUCAAAACUACAAUGUGGGGUUUGUUUUGUUGUAUUUUAUUUGUGGUUAUUGUUGUUGUUUUUAUUGUGACUUUUUCUCCUUAAGUUAUUUGCCCUUCAGAAUGGACUUGGGAAAGGCUGGUUCCUUAUCCUCCUGGUUUGUGUCUUUUUUUUUUUUUUUUUUCUUUUUAAA